UGGCAGUCAACAUAUCGAAGUUUAGUAUUCGUCCUUCACUACACUCCAGCCAUGGCGGGCUUUUUGAUUCCUCCGUGGUACAAGACCGAGACUCCAAAGGAUCUGGAGAUGAACAUUGUCAGUCUCAUCUUCGGCUUCAGCAUGGGCGCGUCAAUGUUCACUGCUGGUAUGGCCAUCAAGCAGACGAUGCAGGCGUACCAGAGAAAAAGGCUUUUCAGCGCAUACAUCAUCAUGUGCUGGCUUGACUGGAUUGGAUGCAACUGUAUGGGAAUCAUCACUUAUUGCUGGCUACGAGGCUUCGCUCCACCAAGCUUCUGGGUCUUUUUCUUUAUCAUUGUUUUCUGGAGUAUGCAGAUCCAAUUUACCCUCCAGAUCAUCAUCAAUCGAAUAUCCCUCCUUCUCGGUAACAAAACGAACAUCAACAGAGUCAAGUGGGGGGUUGCAGUGGUUGCGAGCUUGAUCAACAUCAGCGGUUUCUGCAUCUGGGUACCGGCUCGCUUACAGAUCUCGCACCUGUACGAAGAAAUCAACAUUGUCUGGGACCGAACCGAAAAGGCUGUCUUCUUGAUCGUCGAUUUAUCGCUUAACCUCUACUUCAUAUACCUGGUUCGAUCGCGACUCAUCGCUUGCGGAUUGACGAAGUAUACUGAGCUGUUCCACUUCAACGUCAUUAUGGUUGUUAUAUCAGUGUCGUUGGAUUGCGUGCUGAUGGGAGCCACAUUUCUCCCCAGUCCUGUUGUCUAUGUCCAGUUCCAUCAACUCGUCUACCUCCUCAAACUAUACAUCGAGAUGAACGUUGCCUCUCUUCUCGGCCACAUAGUCAAGAGCUCAAGAGAGCAAGACGCUAGACCGACCGAGGGAGGUCGACAGAGGGUUCGCGAUGAAUUGGUCAGUGGUCGGAUGACUACGUUUGUCACCGCGAGUCGCACAGGUCAUGUUCGACUUGACGAUAUGUCGCGUGAUGACUCCUACCGAAGGACAUCCGACUGGGAAAAUGGGAUUAUGAAGAAGGUUGAGACCAAGGUGGUGUUUACAGAAACCCAGGACCAGGCAUCCACCUCGGACCAAGAGCGAAUGAUUACCAUGAGCAAAUCCACACGGCCUAGUACCUUUGUCGGUUUCAGUGCCUUAUCAAAUAGAGUCUUCGUUCGCCCGGGUGAGACGCUGACAGGCACUGAAACAAACCCAGAACAUCCUCGGACAAUCGUCAUCUACGGCUGGGGCGACGCACCUCCAAGACACAUAUCAAAGUUCACCGAUGUCUAUCGACAGUUGUACCCUCAUGCCAAGCAAGUCGCGGUCCUGUCGCCUAUUUACAAAGGCUUCAUCGACCAUGUGGCUCAGCGCACAGAGGCCAUGCUUCCGGUUAUACACGAGGUUUUUCCCAACAAUGCAUCAGAAGGUUCAGUCUUGUUCCACGUGAUGUCUAAUUCUGGAACUAUCAAUUACUCAGCCACCUUGAAUGCCUACAAGGAGACCUACAACCGGCCGAUGCCCCAUGCGCUGACGGUCUAUGACUCUACGCCCGGAACUCCAUAUCUUACGUGGGAUAACCUCAAGCGAUUUUCUCACGCCAUGGCUAUCGGGCUAGCAGCAAAGCUCCCCUUGCCAUUCAUCGUAACACAAGUGCUAUGCGCCUGGUUCUUCUGCAUGAUUCAUGUAUUCGACUAUCUCGCGGGAAGAGAAUCUGCGCCUAAGUUCAGCCACAGGAUCUUCACCGAUGAGCAGUGGGAAAGCAAGAAGAGCACAAGGCUAUUCUUGUAUGGAAAGGGAGACUUUCUUAUUCCGUGGCAGCAUAUUGAAGGAUAUAUGGCCGUUUCGCAGGAGGCUGGAUACCCUAGCGAGGGGCAGUUAUUUGAAAGUGGACAUGUUGGGCAUAUGAAAAAGGAUCCAGAAUCAUAUUGGGGAACUAUUCAAGAGUCUUGGGAGAGGGCUGUGGGUAGAUACUACGAGGCAAGCAAUAAGCCAAGGGAGCGAACUGUCAGACCUGGGCAAGUUUAG